AUGAACAAAGAUCAAAAACAAACAAAAACUUCGGGUAACGCUACAAAGAAGACGGACAAACGGACGGACACAAACCCAAAACGAACGGAUAUACGGACGCACCCAUUGACACAACAGAUGGACAAAUGGACAACUCGGACCGACACUAGCGAACUGAGGAAGUUGGGAACUUCCUCAGAGGACGAACUCUUGGCCUCCAGCCAAGAGACGGUUGAUGGCAAAGCUGUGGGCCACAGCACGCCAUCAACCUUAAAUCAACCAUCCACAUCCGCUAAUGCCAAGGGGCAAAAGCGCCAAAACGCAAAAAAAGGCCCGUCCAGGUACAAGCUCUACCAGAGGUCUCUGACUAUUCUCGGAAGAAUAAGAAAAAAUGAGGCUGAAGGGAAAGCUCAUCCAAAGGACGCGGUCGAUAAGGCAAGGUGCCAAAAGGUGGUCGAUGAGUACCUGGCGUUCCAGGCCACCCAGAAGGCAGAAGCCGUGAAACGCAAUCGUUCGCAGGACGAAAGCGACAAACCAACGAAGAAGCCAAAAGUGUCGGUUCACACAGCUUCAAUACCAAAACCAACCAAACGCUCAUUUAAUGAGGUGGCACGGGAUCACCUGCAAAUAGCGUUGGUUGACGAAUUAACUAACCGCGGUAAACCUGCAUCGGAUAAGUGGUCCGAAAUCGAGGCACGGCUGUCCCGCAUUGUCGUCGAUCACGUCAUGGCGAAUCCGGAGAAUCAAGUGCCAGGAUUUGACUCAAUGGAGGUGGUCCGCGGAUACAGGGUGAUCAAGUGCGACGAUCAACUCUCCCUUAACUUCCUGCAAACAGUUGUGGGCAAAAUCCAGAGCGACUGGGAAGGUUUGAGGCUCAAACUAAUCCCGGCCAGCGAAAUCCCUCGACGGCCGAGGGCCCGCAUCUGGAUUCCAAACAUGGAAUUUGAAGCUAAGCAGCUUAUUCCAUACCUGCAGGCACACAACCGCACUGUUCCGAUGGAUGAUUGGAGUAUCAUCAAAGCGGAGGCUCCGCAAAAGAACAGUGUGUCCUUCCUUCUCCAAAUAUCGGAGGAGAGCAUCGAGCCACUGGGGAAAGUGGACAAUAAACUUCGGUUCGGCGUCAGGAAAACGCAACUGAAGAUAUUCCGAUCUGCAAAUCCGGAGGAUGAACAGGACGAGGUUGACGGCGCCAACGAGUUGCUCACAUGCAUGCAACUUGACGACGCCGCAUCCACCAAAAACGAUGGCGCUAAUGAGCAGCACCCGGAAGUGCAGCUUGACGACGCCGUCAAAUUGUAA